AUGACCAAAACACCCUCAAAAUUUGCCAUUAUUCACAAUUUCGCCCUCAUCCCCUCGUCCAUAAAUAACGGCCCCCUACGCUGCCUCGGCUAUGCCAACGGUUGUUUCAGCCUUUGGGACUGCCCGGACCUUUUUACCUGCUCUAAACCAACCAAUAGUCCUAAGCCCGUUACUUCGAGUUCCGGUUCUGAUGAACCCAACCAGCCCAACGACGAACCGGACCGGUCUCUUGACGAAAAACCGGCCAGACCGUACCGUGACAUGGUUAUUGAUGAACGGAAGCGCCGGCGCAUGUUAUCGAACCGGGAAUCAGCCCGGAGGUCGCGGAUGCGCAAGCAGAGGCACCUAGAGAACCUACGGAACCAGUUGAACAAGUGUCGGGUCGAAAACCGGGAACUUAACAACCGGUUGCAGUUCAUCGUUCAUCACUUGAACCGGAUCCGAACCGAAAACCAGUGGCUCCGGUCGGAAAGAACCGUGUUGUGGCAAAAACUGUCCGACUUUACUCAAAUCUUGGUUUUCCAAGAAUUGCAUCCUUUGGAUCAUAUUUCCAACAUCCCCUGCAUGGUGGCCAUGCAAUAG